AUGUCUAAGUCAGAGUCUCCUAAAGAACCCAAACAGCUGCGAAAACUCUUCAUUGGAGGGUUGAGCUUCGAAACAACAGAUGAGAGUCUGAGAAGCCAUUUUGAGCAAUGGGGAAUGCUCACAGACUGUGUGGUAAUGAGAGAUCCAAACACCAAGUGUUCCAGAGGCUUUGGAUUUUUCACUUACUCUACAGUGAAGAAGGUGGAUGCAGCCAUGAAUGCAAGACCACACAAGGUAGAUGGAAGCGUUGUGGAACCAAAGAGAGCUGUCUCACGGGAAGACUCUCAAAGACCAGGUGCCCACUUAACUGUGAAAAAAAUCUUUGUUGGUGGCAUUAAAGAAGACACUGAAGAAAAUCACCUAAGAGAUUAUUUUGAACAAUAUGGGAAAAUUGAAGUGAUUGGAAUCAUGAUUGACCGAGGCAGUGGCAAGAAGAGGGGCUUUGCUUUUGUAACUUUUGAUGACCACAACUCUGUAGAUAAAAUUGUCAUUCAAAAAUAUCAUACUGUGAAUGGCCAUAACUGUGAAGUAAGAAAAGCCUCAAAGCAAGAGAUGGCCAGUGCCUCUUCUAGCCAAAGAGGUCGAAGUGGUUCUGGAAACUUCGGUGGUGGCCAUGGAGGUGGUUUUGGUGGGAAUGAAUUUGGUCAUGGAGGAAACUUCAGUGGGCACGGUAGCUUUGGUGGCAGCCAUGGUGGUGGUGGAUAUGGAGGCAGUGGGGAUGGUUAUAAUGGAUUUGGUAGUGAUGGAAGCACUUUUGGAGGUGGCGGAAGCUACAAUGAUUUUGGCAGUUACAACAAUCAGUCUUCAAAUUUUGGACCCAUGAAGGGAGGAAACUUUGGAGGCAGAAGCUCUGGCCCUUAUGGUGGUGGAGGUCAAUACUUUGCCAAACCACGAAACCAACAUGGCUAUGGUGGUUCAAGCAGCAGCAGUAGCUAUGGCAGUGGCAGAAGGUUUUAA